AUGAGUCUGGACGAGGACGCCCGCUGGCUGGAGUGGGUCAGCAGACAGUUCCAGAGCAUCGCAGGAGACAACAAGGAGAUCGACCUCCAUGAGUUUAAAACAGCUCUGAAGGUCAAAGAAUCGUUCUUCGCCGAGCGGUUCUUCGCCCUGUUCGACUCGGACGGCAGCAGCUCCAUCAGUCUGGACGAGCUGCUCAAAGCUCUGGACCUUCUGAUCCACGGCAGCGAGACCGACAAGCUCAAGUUCCUGUUUCAGGUUUACGACGUGGACGGCAGCGGCUCCAUCGACCCAGAUGAGCUCAGAACUGUUCUCAAGUCAUGUCUGCGCGAGAGCGCCAUCUCUCUGCCGGAGGAGAAACUGGACGACCUGACGCUGGCGCUGUUCGAGUCGGCGGAUAAAGACAACAGCGGCGCCAUCACCUUCGAGGAGCUGAAGGCUGAGCUGGAGACUUUUCCAGAGGUGAUGGAGAACCUCACCAUCAGUGCUGCUAACUGGUUGAAACCUCCUGAGGUGGAAGAGAAGAAGCGUGGUCAUACCCCUCGCUACCUGACGAGGGCGUACUGGCAGAACAACAGUCGGAAGCUGUUCUUCCUCUGCGUCUACGCCGGCCUCAGUCUGACGCUGUUCGUCGGCGCCAUGCUGCAGCACAGCCGCGGGGGGGCGUGGUUGAUGGUCGCCAAGGGCUGCGGACAGUGUCUCAACUUUAACUGCACCUUCGUCAUGGUGCUGAUGCUGCGGCGCUGCUUGACGUGGCUGAGGACCACGUGGCUGCUGAGGGUUCUUCCUCUGGACCAGAACAUCCUACUGCAUCAGAUCGUGGGCUACAACAUCCUGGUCUACACGCUGGUUCACACCGCCGCACACGUCUUCAACUUCGUCCAUCUGUCUCAGAGCAGUGGCUUCAGUCUGUGGGAGUACCUGCUCACCACCCGGCCGGGGAUCGGCUGGGUGAAGGGCACGGCCUCGGUGACCGGUGUGGUUCUCCAGCUGGUGAUCUGCCUCAUGGUUCUCUGCUCCAGCACCUUCGUACGACGCAGCGGACACUUUGAAGUCUUCUACUUGUCUCACCUGUCCUACGUGUGGGUGUGGUCUCUGCUCCUGGUUCAUUGUGCAAACUUCUGGAAGUGGUUUGUGGUCCCGGGACUGGUUUUCGUGCUGGAGAAGAUCGUGGGAAUCGCAGUUUCUCGUAUGGGAGGUCUCUACAUCGUGGAGGUCAUCCUGCUGCCCUCCAAGGUCACUCACCUGGUCAUCAAACGUCCUCAGUUCUUUCAUUUCAAACCUGGAGAUUACGUCUACGUCAACAUUCCCGUCAUCGCUAAGUACGAGUGGCACCCGUUCACCAUCAGCAGCGCCCCGGAGCAGGGGGACGCUCUUUGGCUGCACAUCCGUUCGAUGGGUCAGUGGACGAACCGCCUGUACGAGUACUUCCGACGCCCAGAGAGCGAGACGCUCGGACCCCAGAGGCUGGCCACCAGCCUGAGGAACCGCCGGCAGCUGAGGGCCCAGGACGCCUCGUUCAGCUCCACGGACUGGAACCAGGCCGUGGCGUCUAAUGAGGACCAAGCCAUCGAGCUGACCAUGUACCGACAGAACGGCUCCCGGGCCGCCGGGGCCCCGGAGACGCUCUCUGUAGCUCAGGGGCCGACCGAGUGUCUUCCUGACGAGCAGGGGUCGGCAGAGAGAGGAGAGGCCCCUCCCCUCAGAGAAAUUUCUGCCAAGUUCGGUGAAAAUCACCGGUUCUGCAACAUCAAGUGUUAUGUAGAUGGACCGUAUGGGACCCCCACCAGACAGAUCUUUGCCUCAGAGCACGCUGUGUUGAUCGGCGCCGGCAUCGGCAUCACACCCUUCGCUUCCAUCCUGCAGAGCAUCAUGUACCGAUACAGACGCAGGAAACAGAACUGUCCCAGCUGUAACUACUCGUGGUGUGAAAACGUUAAAGACAGCGACAUGAAGCUACGCAAAGUGGACUUCAUCUGGAUCAACAGAGACCAGAAGUCAUUUGAAUGGUUUGUUAGUUUACUGACCAAACUGGAGAUGGACCAGGCUGACGAGGAGCCGGAAGGACGAUUCCUGGAGAUGCACAUGUACAUGACGUCAGCGCUCAGUAAGAAUGACAUGAAGGCCAUCGGCCUGCAGAUGGCGCUGGACCUCCUGGCCAAGAAGGAGAAGAGAGACUCCAUCACUGGGCUGAGGACCAGAACCCAGCCUGGGAGACCUGAGUGGGGGAAGGUGUUUCAGAAAGUGUCCGAGGAGAACAAGGGGAAGGUCCACGUGUUCUACUGCGGCUCGCCGGCUCUGGCUAAACUCAUCAAGGCUCAGUGUGAGAACUUCGGAUUCAACUUCUACAAGGAGAACUUCUGAGGAGGCUGCUGCUGCUAGCAGAUCCAGAAGCUGCAGCUCCUCCUCACAGCUCCUGCUCUGUUUGGAUCUUACUGCUCACUUUGAAAGGGCCUCGCAUCCAAACACCUGCAGACUUAAUGACCUGCUCCGGCUCUCUCCCACUAAGACCAGUGGACGGAUGCUGCUGGUCCCUGCAGGUCUUACAGGUGACCCUCAGUCUCCAGCUGCUUUUAAAUCCCUCUUUUAUUAAAGCUUUUACAAGUCAUGUGUUCGUUAUUUGGUUUCUAAAUGUAUUCCACUGACAAGUCUUACUCCCCAACGGAGGCUAUGUUCCAUCUGUGUUUGUUUGAUUUGCUGAGGUGUGUAUCAUGAGUCAGUAGAUUCAAUCUUUCUUUAAUAUUGUGACAUCUUUUCUUAUUUCACUGAUUUCUCAGAGAUUUAUUCAUGAUGUAAACAGACGUAUAUUUCUGAUUUGAAGGGACUGUGGAGGCGUGAGAUCUACAAAGUGAUGUUCUAGUUCAACGAUGUUUUUCUUUCUAAUCUAUCGUUUAAUUUCCCUGCUCAUGUUCCAUUGUUUGUUUUGUGUAAAUUACUUUACAACAUUGUUAGGAUAUGUUUAUCAUUAUAAUUAUUAUGGUGAAUACUUUGAAUUGAUCAUACAAACCCGUGGUAGGAGCUGUGUAGUAUCUUUG